AUGGAUCGUUCCAGGCACAUGAGUCCGCCCUCAGCAGCGCCGUCUGUUUGGGCUUCUGGAGAUGCACGCAGUAACCUUGCCGUCCAACCUGCAGCCAAUCUGGGAAGUAUCAAGCUCAAGAAGAAGGCCGUCAAGAUGGUCGGCGCUGCGGGACCCGUAUCUGGCACCACCUCGCGACCCGCAGCUCUUACCCUGCCAAUGGCAUCCUCAUCUAAUGCAGGUCCAGCCAAAGUCGAGCUGAAGGUUUCCGACGGACCAGCAUAUGCUAGGCCCACUGUCGCACCAAAGUCAUCCUCAGUUGAAAAGAGUAUCGUCGCGUCCUCCGCAGCUACCCCUACAGAGACGGCCGCGCCACAGAAGGAAGAUCCGAAUCCCACAAGCGAUGCCUUCGAAGAGUCUGCCAUGGAUGCACUCUAUGCUCGCCUAAACAGCAAGACUGUCCUGACCCCCCGCAAUCCCAUCGGCAGUACCUCAGUAAGGCCUGAGCAAGCCAAGUUCCCGUUUGGUGAUCGUCUUGCAGAAUCAAAGGCAGACAACACCAAGAUCGAUAAAGCAGAAGCCGAGAAGGCGGAACACAAGGGGAUCGAUGGCAUCAAGGUUGCGGACGUGUCACAAGAAGAAUUGGAGAAUGCGUACAUGCGUAAAGCUAGCGACUACAUUCAGGCUAUACCAGACGUCAAUGGAAACACGGCAAGUCUCAUUAAGGCCAUGUCGAGGAAGUUGCGUGGCUCGUAUAUGCCAGAGGUCAAAACCGACGUCGAAAAGAACGAGAUCAUCAAGGCACGUCUAGCCUUCGCUGUUGCCAACUACAUCAACAAGGUAUUGAAGAAGCGCCCAGAGCAACCUCGUACACCCGAAUCUAUCAAACAGACGCUCAAGGAUGCGAAUGGUGAUUUCCUCAGACUUUGUGCCAAGCUUGUCGAAGAAGGUCACUUAUCUCUAGAGACACUCGCUGAAGUAUCGGGUAUUGUUGCGGCCAUGCACAACAUCCUUCCCAAGCCCGAACUACCCGCCACCGCGAGCGUUAUCGCCCCGACCAAGGCAGCACCUCCUGUUGCGUCGAGUACUGAAAACACCAAGCCUGUUUCUAAGGAUCCGGCAGACGGCAUGAAAGGAUGGCCGACCCAGGAGAAGCGGGAGAAUCCGGCUGCUCAUCGCACCUGUAUUCUAAAAGGGGUUGCAGGUAUCACCAGCAUCAACCAAUUGCAAGCCCUUGUGUGGGGUGGCAAACUCGAGUCUAUCUCCUUGCCAGAACCGGGUUCUUCCAAUGCCCUCGUCAAGUUCCUCACACCUGAAGCAUGCGAGAAGUAUCACAAGGCGACUGCGAAUGGCAUCGAAAUCGUCGGCGACAUCAAGAAGGCGGUUGUGUUCGUGGAGAAGGCCGAGGGUCCGAACUCCAUCAACGAUGUCAUCUGUAACUGCAUUGACGGCGACGCAUCACGCUGUGUGCGAGCUAUUGGUGCAGACGAAGAUAGCGAUGCAGUACUCAUGAAGCUGGCUCGAGGUAAAGGCGUUAACAAGCGCGAUGUCGACCGCAUCAAGAGCGGAAAGACUGCACGUGGUCAUUCGUAUGUGGAGUUCCGCUUCUCAAACAUCUACCACGCCCUCAAUUUCAAGCGCGAGCUCAUGGACAACGACGACUGGGAGCACUGCAGCAUUGGUUAUGCACCUGAUCCGUGUGAGUUGGCCAAUGGUGCUCACUACAAGGAUAAGGACGAGGAAUAG